ACUGCUUACUAGUAUCAAUCGCAUUUCUGGCUGGCUCUGGGCUCGAGCUUUGUCUUCCCAUAAAGCAAACUAUGGCAGCUCCGUCGUUCUCCUCCUUCCAACCGCCAUCAUUCUCGUCAUUCCCUGACCUCGAGCAAGGGCCAAGCAAGCGUGGCGCUGAGCCCUCCCGAGACGACGAACGGCGGACAAAACGUAGCCGGGACAAGCAGGAUCACGAUGAUCAGUCGAAGAAACAUAAACACCACAGGUCGCACCGUAAAGACCGUCAUACAUCCGAGGAUCGUUCUAGCAGGCGAAAGGGACCAUCUGGGGAGGACAGAGAUUCGCGGAGGCAUGAUCGGCUGAGGGAACGAGAGAAGGGGCGGGAUAGGGACGAUAGUAGAGAUCCAGGGAAGUCUGUGGAGAUGAGGUCUGCCCUUGACGAUGAACGUAUUAAAGAGGAGGAAGACAGAACACGACACCAUGGCGAGCUGCCGCCAUCCCAGGUAGAUUUGACCCGACCGUUGUUCUAUUCGGACAAGAAGGGAGAUGCGUUGAACGUCCGCUAUGGUGGUCUAUAUGCGGGUGACGUACCCAAGUAUCGUUUAGUGGGAUGGGGUAAGAAGGUCUUAGGAUUGCCCAAUGCGUGGACUGCUGUGCAUAGGAGCAAUAGAGGUAUCGAAGUUACUGUUGGAGGGAAGCGAAAGAUGCCCUCCAUUACCGACCGAAGCUCGCGAGACCUACUCAAUACUGCACCUUCCCGCCGACUUGUCGCCUCCGCCGAAAGCGCACGGAAAUACACAGAAAUCGACGGUGUCAUCAAACUCCCCACCUCUCGUCGCAAGCAAGCCCACAAUGACCAGUCGUAUCGCGAUAUCGAGCUUCCAAACGAAGACGCGGACUCUGACUUUGACUUUUCCUCUGCUUCCGAGGUGGAGAGUUCUGAAGAUGAUGAGGCGGAAAACGUGACACUUACAGCACACCAGGAGAAGACGAAAGCGCUCGAGCAACGGCUGAAAGCAGAUUCUUCCUCGGUAUCGACCUGGCUCACACUUCUCUCUCACAACUUGUCUCAAGUCCCAAUUACCAUCAAGAACGCGAUCAAAGCGCGCUCUGAGAUCACGAUAUCUAUCCUUGCUCGUGCCCCCAAGUCUAUCCCCAAUUCAACGACGUUACGGCUCCGGUACCUACAGGCUGGAGAAGCGGUGUGGCACGCUAACCAGCUCACGGACGAAUGGGAAGCCGCGCUCAAAGACGGAGAUUCUGAACUUUGGCACUCCUGGGCGGAUUGGAGGAUUCGCAAGAAUGUCGGUGGGCUUGAUGGGAUUGUCGAGGAUGCUCAAAGAGUACUUGAGCGGUUGAAGACCGAGUUAGAUAAAUUGAGGAUCCUCUGGCGGAUAGCGAUCGCUUUUAGACAUGCUGGUUUUAUCGAGCGUGCUAUGGCAUUGAUGCAGGCGCAAGCAGAGCUGACGUUUCAUCUACCGUCUUCUCUCGCUGGACUACCUCUCGAUGCACAAACAAGCGCUCUGGAAGAGUUCUGGGAGUCCGAAGUGCCCCGCAUCGGGGAAGCCAACGCACAGGGGUGGGCAUCAUGGCUUGCAGCUGGUCAACCUGAAUACAAUCCUACUGCACCGUCACGAAAUUCACAAACAUCCACUCCUUCGACCAAAUCUGACCCCUUCAGACGCUGGGCCCAGGGUGAGGUGUCCGCAGAUAACGUGCUACGCCCUUCUUUACGCUCUACGGAUCCCGAGGCGGACGACGACCCCUACGCGACGAUCCUCUUCACUGAUAUCCAGCCAUUCCUUUGCUCGUUGACAUCCACUCGUGCCAAGCAUACAUUUCGACUCAUAUGGCUAUCCUUCCUCGGCCUCCAUGUCCCCGGGUUGGAACGUUCCUUUUUCUCCACGUCCGAUAAUCUCGAUGACAGGUGGUGUGAGAACCAUCUGACAUCGCCGUACUACUUGUCCUCCAUCUAUCCGAGCAUCACACAAACGCGAAUGAUCACGGCGGAAUCUCACGCUGGGGUCCUCGUUGGUCCCGAGGAGGUCUAUGAGGACGGAUUUGGGCCGGUGAAGAAUUGGGGGUAUCGUGUCGUUGGGCCGCUCGAUAGCUUUGGGAGACAGAAGUGGGGGAUGUGGACGAAGGAAGACGUGCAGGGCGUUAAUCAAGACUUUGUCAGACGCUUCUUCGAACAGUGCCGACUGGGACAAGACGAUGUCGAAUGGGAUGUACUGGCAUUGGCGUUCGAGGCGGUGGUCAAUAUCAAAGGUGCUUUAAAGCUCUCACAAUCGUUCCUGGAUGUCGACCGCGAUUCUCUUCCACGCUGGGCUGCUCACGCUCGUUUGGAACGAAGACGCGGCAAGGCGGACAAGGCGCGUCAGGUCUACCAAACCGUUCUCUCGACUGUCACGCCACAGAACCGGCUCAGCGCAGGACCCUUGUGGUGGGACUGGACAGAGAUGGAAUGGCUAGCAGGCCAUGCGGACGCCGCAAUGCAAGUCAUCAUGCAAUGCACCGGCCUGAAAGGUGGUGCUGGCGCCGGAGGGGUGGUAGUAUUGCGUGCGCGGCGUGUUUUGGAGGACACGGUGAAGGAUAUACCGCCAAUGCUGUGGAAGGUACGCGAGGCGUGGGUGAAGAUUUCUGCGUUGCUCGAACUGCUGAGUGCCACAUCGACAACGACUUUCCCUGCAUUCCUUUCGGGGCCGAUUCGAGUCCGGGAUGGAUCGGAGGCCGAGGAGAGUUCGGCGGUCGCCUCGCUGCAUAUGCUCUACAAUCAUGUUGUCACGCUGAAGAGUACGGCGAGGCCAGGCGUUCUGAGACAACGCCUGGAACACGCUAUUCGUGCUUACCCCAACAACACGGCGAUACUGGCCAUGUUUUUGGAAGUACAGAAGGGGCAGGGGGUUUGGGGUAAGGUGAGGGAGUUGAUAGGAGAGGAUGGUGAAGGCGACGGGGGAGAAGCGAAGGGCGUAGCCAGAAGGGUGGCCGAUGUCUGGUUGGCUCGCUGGGAGAAAGGCAGGUGGGAGUGGGAGAUCGAGAGGACCCGAAGUGGUCUGAAUGCCGCCAUGGACGAUGAACGGACAAGGGGGAGUGCUGUCCUAUGGCGUCUGUUCGUGGAGUUUGAGAUACAGGCGGGCCAAUUGAAACGAGCGAAGGAUGUGCUCUUCCGGGCCGUAGCUCAAUGUCCUGGAGUGAAAGAACUCUACCUGCUUGCAUUCGAUCCACUCCGGGACGUCUUUGCGCCACACGAAUUGCACGCGCUCGGUGAAACAAUGAUAGAGCGCGGGAUACGAAUGAGAUCAGGCCUAGACGAGGCUUUGGAUGGGAUUGAGCUAGGAGGGGGCAGAGAAGAAGGCGAGAACAGUGACGAAGAUGAGAUAGAGUACAAUGCAAGGGAGCUCAGGCGAUUGAAGCCGUACUGA